AUGCCUGUCACCAAGAAAUACACAUCAGCUAGCAACGAGUUCAGAAGUGAUACCUUCACGACUCCAACCCAAUCAAUGCUCAAUGCUGUUUUCCAAGCAUCUGUGGGGGAUGCGGUUUAUGACGAAGAUAGCGAUACUGUUGAGCUCGAAGAAUACCUCGCUGAACUCACUGGUAAAGAUGCUGGGCUAUAUUGUGUUAGUGGUACCUUAGCAAACCAAAUUGGAAUCAGAACCCAUCUUCAUCAACCCCCUUAUUCAAUCCUAUGUGAUUAUAGAUCACAUAUCUAUGUCCAUGAAGGUGCUGGUUUGGCAAUGUUGUCAAACGCUAUGGUUAUCCCGGUGAAGCCUUCAAAUGGCGACUACCUAACGUUGGAAGACAUUAAAAAACACAUUAUUCCUGAAGAUGGUGAUAUUCAUGGUGCUCCAACUCAAUUGAUCUCAUUAGAGAACACUCUACAUGGUGUUGUGUUCCCAUAUGAAGAAUUGAAAAGAAUCAGAGAAUUCUGUACUAAAAACGAUUACAGACUACACUGUGAUGGUGCAAGAUUAUGGAAUGCUAGUAUUGCUAGUGGUGUUACUUUCAAGCAAUAUGGUGAAAUCUUUGACUCUAUUAGUAUUUGUCUUUCAAAAUCAAUUGGUGCACCAAUUGGAUCUGUUCUUGUUGGUGAUAAAAAGUUCAUUAGAAAGGCUAAUCAUUUCAGAAAACAAAAUGGCGGUGGUAUUAGACAAAGUGGGCUAUUAACUAGAAUGGCUAGAGUGGCUAUUGAUGAAAACUUACCAAAGUUGAAAUCAAGUCAUGAUAAGGCUAGAAAUUUGGCUGAUUUCUUGAUUGAAAAUGGAAUUCAAUUGCAGUCACCAGUUGAUACAAAUUUUGUCUUUAUAGAUUUAGAAAAAUCACCAAUCAACUCUGAAAUCUUUGAGGAACUGGGGGAAGAGAACGACAUCAGAGUUUGGGGUGGACGUAUAGCUUUCAACUAUCAAACUAGUGAUGAGAGCUUGGAAAAGGUUAAAAAGGUCAUUUUGCAAGCUUAUGAGCUCACGAAAAAACAAGGAACAAAUGGUGAAGCUGGCGAAAAGACUUAUCACUUUGAAAGUGAUCGUUAA